ACGAUUGUUUAAGAAUUAACUAACUCUCGGGGCACGGUACAGUCCCCGUUCGCAUUCACGUUCAAAGAAUUUGUGUUAUCAGCUUCUUGCAGUAAUAUAAAAAGCCAUUAUGCUAAUUUGUACGUACUUGUAAAUAUAUCUCAAAGAAAAGAGUUCUGUGAGGAGAUAAAUAUCGUGAAAAUGAAGUUCACGUCUUUGUUGAUCUUAAUUUUGGGUGUGUUUUCGUUGUUUAUCGGAGCGAGCGAUGCGCGACCUAAAAUACCAAUUAAUGCUAUCAGGAAAGGAGCACGUGCAGUUGGUAAAGGAUUAAGAAUGAUCAACUAUGCCAGCACAGCACACGAUAUUGCGAGCAUGUUCCAUAAGAAAAAAAGGAAACACUAGAACAAUACGAUGAGAAGAGAAAAAAAUUGCGAGAACACUUGGUUGUUAUUUGAUUUACUACAAUAUUUUUGGUACCGGUUAUUGUACAUGACAGCUGAACGGUUUAAUCACUUCACUUAAGGAAAUAUUUAGCAUUAGUUAAUUUACCAACCGAAAUACUCCUAAACUAAUAAAAAUACCUGUAUGCUACAUUAACCUAGUACAUAUAGACAUAGGAUAUAGCUUUUAUAAAUGAGGAAGUUUUGACCUUUUUGUAUACUGAAAUGUAUAUUUUUCUUCUAGAUAUGUAGUAGAUAUAUAUUUCAGGUCACUGUUUUGAAAUAUAUCUAAUAUUUCAAAACAGUUGGUUACCUACCAUAAAACUAAAAUUAUACAUAAGUAGAUAUAGUUAGAUAGAGUUUGUUACUUUACCAAUUAGAUAAGUUUUUACUAUUGCGUACACUAAAGGUAAUAUUUUGUAAACAUGAGAUAAAAAGUUGAAGAUUUAUUAUGACAGUAGCUGACGACGCGCGGUUUCACCCGCGUGGUUCCCGUUCCCGUAAGAAUACGGGGAUAAUAUAUAGCAUAUAGCCUUCCUCGAUAAAUGCGCUGUCUAACACUGAAAGAAUUUUUUUAAAUCGAAUCGGUAGUUCCUGAGAUUAGCGCGUUCAAUCAAUAAAACAAACAAAAUCUUCAGCUUUAUAACUUUACGUGGUGGCGUUACAGGGUAUUAAUAGUAAUGUAAUAGAAUUUCAUGUGUGUGUACGGUGUGUUUGUAUACUUAUUUAUCGUAUGAAAAUCAUACAUACAUAUUUGAUAGAAGCAGGCGUUACUUUGCGGAAGUUCAUCAAGUUAUAUAAUGAUUUAUUUAUUUUGCUCCUGAGGAUGCUCCGGUUUCGGGGUGAAACGUACGUAGAGAGUAUUUUGUCGGACCUGGAUGACGUUGUCGCAUGGGUUCGUCGACUUUUCGCGGAUGAUAGCAAAAUAAAUAAAUCAUUAUAUAAUCAUAAAUACGAUAAAUAAGUAUGCAAACACGCCGAAUAUUCUUUUAAUAAUAAGCACUUGGAACAAAAAUAUAUUGUACUCGUUUGUAAACGUUACAUCAAAGGCUACAAGUUAUUGUGAGCCGUGCUGGAGACGUGUGAAGCCUGUCCAAAUAUUAUUCUCUUUCAGCAAACAAUAUAUUUUAUUCUUUUAUUACAAAUUCACAGCUUCUAACUUAGAAAAUCAUAUAUUUAUUCUGUUUUCAACUAAAAUUCAAUAAAUAUUGGACUAACUUA